CGUUCCCCGGGCGCCCCCAUUCCGGACCAGCCCUCAGGAGCCUCAUACCCGACUCCCGCGAGGACUCGACCCCAGACAUCGGUCGCACCCUCCCGCACGGCCCCCAGCUCCUAGCCUCUCUCUUGAGCCCCCGCGCAUCCAAGGACCCUUCUCCUCCGGGAUCCAGGAGACGGGAUCAAUCUCAGACCUGCCUCAGCUUUCCUAUUCAAGACCACCCACCUUUGGUACCAGAUCUCGCUCAUCUCGGUUUUUGCCGUGGGAUACCGAGAACACACCCAUCAGAGCCUCCCCUCCAGCUCCGCUGCGUCCUCCCUGAGGGCCUCAACUCCCCCCCUCCCCAGACCCUCCUACCUUUCCUCGGGAGACCCCCCGCCCCCGGGGCCUCUGUAGGGGCGGGGCCUCCCUCUUCCCACCCCAGCCCGGCUCGCGCUCUCGGCUGUGCCGGGGGCGCCGCCUCCCCCAUGCCGCCCUCGGGGCUGCGGCUGCUGCCGCUGCUGCUGCCGCUGCUGUGGCUACUAGUGCUGUCGCCUGGCCGGCCGGCCGCCGGACUGUCCACCUGCAAGACCAUCGACAUGGAGCUGGUGAAGCGAAAGCGCAUCGAGGCCAUCCGCGGCCAGAUUCUGUCCAAGCUUCGGCUCGCCAGCCCCCCGAGCCAGGGGGAGGGGCCGCCCGGUCCGCUGCCCGAGGCCGUACUGGCCCUUUACAACAGUACCCGUGACCGGGUGGCCGGGGAAAGUGCCGAACCUGAGCCUGAGCCAGAGGCGGACUACUACGCCAAGGAGGUCACCCGCGUGCUAAUGGUGGAAAACAGCAACGAAAUCUAUGGGAAAAUCAGGCGUAGCCCACACAGCCUGUUUAUGCUCUUCAACACGUCGGAGCUCCGGGAAGCGGUGCCCGAACCUGUGUUGCUCUCUCGGGCAGAGCUGCGCCUGCUGAGGCUCAAGUUAAAAGUGGAGCAGCACGUGGAGCUGUACCAGAAAUACAGCAAUGAUUCCUGGCGCUACCUCAGCAACCGGCUGCUGGCCCCCAGCGACUCGCCCGAGUGGCUGUCCUUUGAUGUCACUGGAGUUGUGCGGCAGUGGCUGACCCACGGAGAGGAAAUAGAGGGCUUUCGCCUCAGUGCCCACUGUUCCUGUGACAGCAAAGAUAACACGCUCCAAGUGGACAUUAACGGGUUCAGUUCCGGCCGCCGGGGUGACCUCGCCACCAUUCACGGCAUGAACCGGCCCUUCCUGCUCCUCAUGGCCACCCCGCUGGAGAGGGCCCAGCACCUGCACAGCCCCCGGCACCGCCGAGCCCUGGACACCAACUACUGCUUCAGCUCCACGGAAAAGAACUGCUGCGUUCGGCAGCUCUACAUUGACUUCCGCAAGGACCUGGGCUGGAAGUGGAUUCACGAACCCAAGGGCUACCACGCCAACUUCUGCCUGGGGCCCUGCCCCUACAUCUGGAGCCUGGACACGCAGUACAGCAAGGUCCUGGCCCUGUACAACCAGCACAACCCGGGCGCGUCGGCGGCGCCGUGCUGCGUGCCGCAGGCGCUGGAGCCGCUGCCCAUCGUGUACUACGUGGGCCGCAAGCCCAAGGUGGAGCAGCUGUCCAACAUGAUCGUGCGCUCCUGCAAGUGCAGCUGAGGCCCCGCCCCUCCCAACAGGUCCCGCCCACCCCGGCAGGCCCGGCCCCGCCCCCCACCCGCCUCAUCAGGGUUGUAUUUAAGGACACCGCGCCCAAGCCCCCCCUGGGGUCCAUUAAAGGUGGAGAGAGGACUG